UUGGAAACCCUGUGUUCAAAGGAGGCCCGAGCGUUUCAAGCUAGACGAAAAGGAAAGCACCAAAGCGGUCGGAUGGAGAUGGGGUAGUAACUUGUGUUUUCAAUCGCCUGAGAGGAGCAUUUUCCAAUUUUUCCUAUUACCAGUUUCAAUUAAUGGAAGGGGGAGGAGUAUCCACUAUCCAAUCCUAAAUUCUAGUAUUCCCGAAGUUACGAGAGCAGCCGAAAAUCCGUCCUUCACUCACAUCCCAUGCCCCGGCGAUGAACCCCCGCGUGGUCCUCCUGCUCCUCGCCGCCGCCCUCAGCCCCUGCGCCGCCCUCGUCCGCCUCCACUCCUCCUCCUUCUCCUUCACCUUUCUUGACGCCCCUGCGCGCUUCGGGCCCCGCGUGGGCGGCGAUGGGAUCUGCGGCUCGCUGCGCGCUGCGGAUCCUGCCGAGGCGUGUGCGCCCAUCAAAACCCCCCGCGGCGGUGCGGGCCGGAGGGCGUUCGUGCUGAUCGCGAGGGGCAACUGCAGCUUCGAGGACAAGGUGCGGGCGGCGCAGCGGGCCGGGUUCGACGCUGCCAUCGUGUAUGACGAUGAGGAGAAGGCCAGCCUGUACUCCAUGGUUGGUGACUCUGAGGGCAUACACAUACCUGCGAUAUUCGUUUCCAAGAUGGCUGGGGAAACACUGAAGAAGUUUGCCAGAGGUGAAGAUGAUGAGUGCUGUAUGAACUUAUCGAUGGAUGAGACUGCAGGGACAGUGUUGGUAAUGUCAUUCGUAUCACUUGUUGUCAUCAUAUCAGUUCUUGCCUCUUUUCUGUUUGCGCGGAACUGCCGACUUCUACGGCAUGGAGUUGAUAAUCGACCACCUUACAUCAAGAAACAUGUGGUGGAAAAGCUUCCCUGCUCGGCAUAUAGUGCUCCCUGUUCAAGUGGAGAUAAUUUUCAGGAAGCUUGUGCAAUUUGUUUAGAAGACUACAAUAAUGGUGAUACUCUUAGGCAUCUCCCAUGCAAACACGAAUUUCACAAGAUCUGUAUUGAUUCCUGGCUCACAAAAUGGGGCACCUUCUGCCCCAUAUGCAAGCUCGAAGUAAUCUCGGGUGAAUAGGCAUACUUCAUUAGUCAUUACUGCAGCAUCCAAGUGCUGGCAGUUAUAUGAAAGUUUGCUGAACUGUUGAUCCAUUGAAAGAUUCAUCUCAACAGUUUAUCCUAAGAACGAAGUUUGAGCAGCAGUUCAUCAGAUUGGGCUCAUAUAUCGCCAUUAGAGUACUGCCCGUUGAGGUCAAUAUUGGUAUUGGAUUAUUUGUUUUAGCUUCUUUUGUGGUGUUUGAAAAGCCUCAAGAAGCUCUGCUGCUGCUAAAUGCCAGGUAUUUCGUUGCUUCUGUCACGGUGCGUCGUGCCAUAGUUUUCUUGAUUAUUUUCCCUACUUGUUCUGGACAAACCAAGUGUUGUGUACAAGCAAGUGUAAUCUCAAACCCAACAGAAACCCCUUUGCAUAUUAAGUUACAUCACUGUGCUUUUUUA